AUGUUUAUAUCAAAAACAAGUUAAGCCGAUCGUUGUUAGCAGUGCCAUUUGGAUGAGUUAUCGAUUGUCGGCUGUGCUAUAAAUAUCGCAGCAUCGCUAUAACGAUAUAUCGAUAUGGUGUUCACAUCUCUAGCUGAAAUCGUGAGCAAUUUUUUUUUUGUUUCAACACAAAAUCUGAAGCAAAGCCUACCUAAAUCUACGUGCAAUCACAAUAACAAUAACAACAAGUGUCUGCCCAGUAAUAAAAAUAGCCAACAAUAAUUAAUUUGAAAACAGCCAAGUGCAGCGUGUUGUGGUGCGUACCAGACGAACUGAGUGUGAGUGCAUAAUUUACAGUUGGCCUUCCGCUGCGCAACAACAAAGGCAUCGUGAACGACAACGACCCACACGCUUACGCACGACACACACACACACACAUACAAACGCAAGCACGCGUACACAAACAGACGUAUAUACAUACAUACACAUAUGCAUAUAUGCGCAUAGAUUGCGAUACCUGCGAUUGUGGUUUUUGUGACCAAUUAACAAGAAAUACGUUCGUUUCCACACACCCGCGCGCGAAAACUAACAAAAUCUUCAAAUGGGUCUGUUAUUGUCACGGCUGUGGCGUAUGUUUGGCAACGAGGAGCACAAACUGGUAAUGGUUGGCCUCGACAAUGCGGGCAAAACAACAAUACUGUACCAGUUUCUGAUGAACGAAGUGGUCCAUACCAGUCCAACGAUUGGCUCCAACGUUGAGGAAGUCGUCUGGCGAAAUAUACACUUUCUGGUAUGGGAUCUGGGCGGGCAGCAGAGCUUGCGCGCCGCCUGGAGCACCUACUAUACCAACACAGAGCUGGUCAUUAUGGUCAUCGAUUCGACGGAUCGGGAGCGUUUGGCCGUCACACGGGAGGAGCUCUAUCGCAUGCUACAGCAUGAGGACUUGAGCAAAGCCAGCCUGCUUGUCUAUGCCAACAAGCAGGAUCUGAAGGGCGCAAUGUCCGCCGCAGAAAUCUCCAGACAAUUGGACCUGACGUCCAUCAAGAAGCACCAGUGGCACAUACAGGCGUGUUGUGCGCUGACCGGCGAGGGAUUGUAUCAGGGACUCGAAUGGGUUGCGCAGCGCAUUAAGAACAAAUGACAGACACAUAUACGGACCCCGCUAGUUUAUAGUUAAUUAAUUUAGACAAAUAAAUCAAUUUUGAUAUAAUUGUAAAAUGUAAAGACAUAUAUAUAUAUACACCUAAUUAUACGAACGAAAUCUGUAAGCGUUGAGAAUGUUGAGAAAGAGCCAAGCCAAUGUUUUUAACAGUGCUUUAGUUUAAAGACUCCUGCCUUUGUUUACACAUACACAGACACUUCAAAGUCCUCAGUAAAAUAUUAAAUAUAUAUACACAUAUUUUUGUUUAUAUGUGUACUAAGAUUAUGCUAAUGUUACGAUCUAAGCA